UUGCGGAGGAGUCGGUUAUGACGUCAGUAAAUUUAUUUGUUGCAACGGAAAUGUUCAAUACAGAUAUAAUGGAGACAGCACUAAAUGUUGCCGAGGACAAUCGUAUGACUCUAAGCAUUCGAUAUGUUGCAAGGGUGACAUUAUGCCUGCAAUAGCCGGACAAUCUACAAAAUGUUGUGGCAGAAAGGUUUUUGAUCCAUCAAAAAGUAUUUGCUGUGAUAACAAAAUAAGGCAAAAAUCAAGCAUCACAACGAAAUGUUGUGGUAGUUCAACAUUUGAAAGCAACUGCUUUAAAUGUAAUUCUAAGGAUAUAAUCGUUCCACGUUUCAACGAAGAAAUAUCAGUUUGUUGUAACGGCAACAUAAUGGUCCGCAAAUACGGAGAUAAUUCCUGUUGUUGUGGGAACAAACAAAUAGAUCUUUCAAAGAAAGCCUGUUGUGAUGGGCGUCCGAGAAAAGUCCCACAGUCUUCACCUUGUGCAUGCUGCGGUGAACGCUUGUUCAAUGUUAAAAGCCAAAUAUGUUGUAAGACAAAAAGAAAGCGCCUUAUCUACGGAUAUGAUUCUCAGUGUUGUGGUGAUGAAGUUUUUAACAUGAAUACACACAUUUGUUGCGAAGGAGUUUUACAUGAAAAAAUAUCUGGGGGAGAUACUUCAUGUUGUGGACAAAAAUCAUACAACGCUAAAAUAGAAAAGUGUUGUGACGGAAACGUGCAAAUUAUUCCAGGUGAUGUGGACAUAAGUAAAAUCUUAUGUUGUGGAAAAUUAGUGUUUGAUUCAACAGAAAACAUGUGUUGUGAAAAUACCAUACUCUCUAGAAACAUGAACAAUCCAUCGUGUUGCGGACAGGUGCAGUAUUCUUCUGAAACAGGCUGUUGUUCAGGAUUACCUUAUGAUCCAUCUCUUUAUAUAUGCUGCAGUGGAAAAAUACUCUUGAAGACAACACCAUCAGCUGAUUCUUGUUGUGGAAUUGCUGAAACAUAUGAUAGUAGGAAUGAAAUAUGUUGUAAUGGUGUUGUACAAUUUAAAGUUUCAGGAGAGACAACUAAGUGUUGUAGCACGAACAGUUACAAUCCAUCAAUGUAUAUUUGUUGUUCCGGAAAAACUAAAUAUCGAAAACAUGGAGAACUUACAGCAUGUUGUGACACUAAGGCUUUCAAUCCUGUGCUAGAAAACUGUUGUAACGGUUUUGUUAUUAAAAUUGAUUCGCAAAGACGCAAAGAGAAAAAAUCCAAAUCUGAAUCUUAUAAUGAUUAUAUGAAGGAGACAGACAGAGUAAAACUCAUCAAGAAAAUUACCAAACAGAUAAAUGUUUUUAAGUUAAAACUUAAAACCGUUACCAAAGUAGAAGAAAAGAAAAAACUCCAGAAAAUUGUAUUUAAUCUUAAUCGACGUCUGAGUAAACAGAAAUCGUUUAUCAAAAAGAAAAAUAAAGGAACAAAGAAGACGACAUCUACUACACAAACAAAAUAUAUCAGAAAGAAUAAAAUUAAAAAGAUGAAAGCAAUUAUUAAAGCUUAUAACAUAAGAUAUUCUAAAACUGCAGAUAAGAAUAUUUUACAUAAAAUAGAAAUGAAAAAGAAAAAGCUUGUUUCAAGGUUAAUGGAAUUGGAAAGAGAAAAUGACAAAGACUCGGAGAAAAAAAUUAAAACAUUUGUUAAACUCACUGAACAAAAACGCUUGGAAAUACUCAAAAGUAAGCAAAAACAAAUAAAACAGAAACUUUUAAAAUCAAAUGACCCGAUUGAAUCGCAAACUUUGAAGGCAAAAAUAAAGGAAGUGGAAAAAAAUAUUGCAAAACUUUCAAUUACUGAAACCAAUCGAAAAGACAAAAAUACGGGCGUAACAGACAAGUCAAAGAGAAAAAUAUUAUUGAAAAACAUUCAUCAGAGUGCUAAACGAAAAAUAAUUACUUUAAAAAACAAGAAGAAAACGUCAAAUGACAAGGAUGACAUCAAAAGUACACUUAUCAAAGAAGAUAGGUUGAGACGCCUUGUUCAAGAGUUUAAAAUAAAAAUAAAACUUUUAUCUCAUACUAAAGAUGAAAGGGUAAAGACAAAACUAAAAGCUGAAGUUUAUAUUCUUGAAUCUAAUAUACGCAAAUUAAAAGGAGAAUUAGGACUGGUGUAUAAUGACAAUAAAGUGAAACUUAGGAAGCUACUUAAAAAGUACAAAGAAAUAAAGACAAUGAUUCCUGAAGCAAGAAAUGAGAAAGAAAGAGAUUCUUUACAGGACGAAGCAGACAGCAAGACCGAUGAAAAGAAAUUACGUGAUAAAAAAGAAAUCAUUCAGAAUAGAAUCGAUCGUUUGACAGGUGACGAGGAUAAAUUGGAACGUCUGAUGAAGAGACUGAAAGAAAUAAAGCAACAAAUUCCUAUAGCAAGGAAUCUUCAAGAAAGAAAAUCAUUACAAGACGAAGCAGAAAGGAUCAAUGCCAAGAUCAACAAGAUUCGAGAAUGGGAAAAUGAAGGUGACUUGGAUGAAGACGAAAAAGGAAAGACUAGAAAAGAGCGCCUACAAAUUCUUCAACGGAAACUUCAAGUUAUUGAAAAGAAGUUUUCCAAACCACAAAGUAAAUCUGAUGAAACAAAACUGCUUGAGAAAAAGGAGAUAAUUCUUAAUAGAAUAAACCGAUUGACAAGGAGCAACGAUAGACAUGAACCUGAUGAAAGAGAAAAUCAUGGUGAUGAUAAAUUGGAACGUUUAAUUGAAAAUUUAAAAGAAAUAAAACAACAAAUACCAACUGCAAAAAAUGAGCAGGAAAGAAAAUCAUUACAAGACGAAGCAGACAGGAUCAAAGCCAAGAUCAACAAGAUUCGAGAACGGGAAAAUGAAGGUGACGAAGAUGAAGACGAAAAAGGAAAGACUAGAAAAGAGCGUCUACAAAUUCUUCGUAGGAAACUUGCAGUAAUUGAAAAGAAGCUUUCCAAACCACAAAGUAAAUCUAAUGAAAGAAAAUUGCUUGAAGAAAGGGAGAUAAUUCUGAUUAGAAUAAACCGAUUGAUGGGGAGCAACGAUAGACAUGAAUCUGAUGAAAGAGAAAAUCAUGGUGACGAUAAAUUGGAACGUUUAAUUGAAAAUUUAAAAGAAAUAAAACAACAAAUACCAACUGCAAAAAAUGAGCAGGAAAGAAAAUCAUUACAAGACGAAGCAGACAGGAUCAAAGCCAAGAUCAACAAGAUUCGAGAACGGGAAAAUGAAGGUGACGAAGAUGAAGACGAAAAAGGAAAGACUAGGAAAGAGCGCCUACAAAUUCUUCGUAGGAAACUUGAAGUAAUUGAAAAGAAGCUUUCCAAACCACAAAGUAAAUCUGAUGAAAGAAAACUGCUUGAGAAAAAGGAGAUAAUUCUUAAUAGAAUAAACCGAUUGACAAGGAGCAACGAUAGACAUGAACCUGAUGAAAGAGAAAAUCAUGGUGAUGAUAAAUUGGAACGUUUAAUUGAAAAUUUAAAAGAAAUAAAACAACAAAUACCAACUGCAAAAAAUGAGCAGGAAAGAAAAUCAUUACAAGACGAAGCAGACAGGAUCAAAGCCAAGAUCAACAAGAUUCGAGAACGGGAAAAUGAAGGUGACGAAGAUAAAGACGAAAAAGGAAAGACUAAAAAAGAGCGUCUACAAAUUCUUCGUAGGAAACUUGCAGUAAUUGAAAAGAAGCUUUCCAAACCACAAAGUAAAUCUGAUGAAAGAAAACUGCUUGAGAAAAGGGAGAUAAUUCUUAAUAGAAUAAACCGAUUGAUGGGGAGCAACGAUAGACAUGAACCUGAUGAAAAAGAAAAUUCUGGUGACGAUAAAUUGGAACGUUUAAUUAAAAAUUUAAAAGAAAUAAAACAACAAAUACCAACCGCAAAAAAUGAGCAGGAAAGAAAAUCAUUACAAGACGAAGCAGACAGGAUCAAAGCCAAGAUCAACAAUAUUCGAGGACGGGAAAAUGAAGGUGACGAAGAUGAAGACGAUAAAGGAAAGACUAGGAAAGAGCGCCUACAAAUUCUUCGUAGGAAACUUGAAGUAAUUGAAAAGAAGCUUUCCAAACCACAAAGUAAAUCUGAUGAAAGAAAACUGCUUGAGAGAAAGGAGAUAAUUCUUAAUAGAAUAAAGCGAUUGACAAGGAGCGACGAUAGACAUGAACCUGAUGAAAGAGAAAGUCAUGGUGAUGAUAAAUUGGAACGUUUAAUUGAAAAUUUAAGAGAAAUAAAACAACAAAUACCAACUGCAAAAAAUGAUCAGGAAAGAAAAUCAUUACAAGACGAAGCAGACAGGAUCAAAGCUAAGAUCAUCAAGAUUCGAGAACGGGAAAAUGAAGGUGACGAAGAUGAAGACGAAAAAGGAAAGACUAAAAAAGAGCGUCUACAAAUUCUUCGUAGGAAACUUGAAGUAAUUGAAAAGAAGCUUUCCAAGCCACAAAGUAAAUCUGAUGAAGGAAAACUGCUUGAGAAAAGGGAGAUAAUUCUGAUUAGAAUAAACCGAUUGAUGGGGAGCAACGAUAGACAUGAAUCUGAUGAAAGAGAAAAUCAUGGUGACGAUAAAUUGGAACGUUUAAUUGAAAUUUUAAAAGAAAUAAAACAACAAAUACCAACUGCAAAAAAUGAUCAGGAAAGAAAAUCAUUACAAGACGAAGCAGACAGGAUCAAAGCUAAGAUCAUCAAGAUUCGAGAACGGGAAAAUGAAGGUGACGAAGAUGAAGACGAAAAAGGAAAGACUAAAAAAGAGCGUCUACAAAUUCUUCGUAGGAAACUUGAAGUAAUUGAAAAGAAGCUUUCCAAGCCACAAAGUAAAUCUGAUGAAGGAAAACUGCUUGAGAAAAGGGAGAUAAUUCUGAUUAGAAUAAACCGAUUGAUGGGGAGCAACGAUAGACAUGAAUCUGAUGAAAGAGAAAAUCAUGGUGACGAUAAAUUGGAACGUUUAAUUGAAAAUUUAAAAGAAAUAAAACAACAAAUACCAACCGCAAAAAAUGAGCAGGAAAGAAAAUCAUUACAAGACGAAGCAGACAGGAUCAAAGCCAAGAUCAACAAGAUUCGAGAACGGGAAAAUGAAGGUGACGAAGAUGAAGACGAAAAAGGAAAGACUACGAAAGAGCGCCUACAAAUUCUUCGUAGGAAACUUGAAGUAAUUGAAAAGAAGCUUUCCAAACCACAAAGUAAAUCUGAUGAAAGAAAACUGCUUGAGAAAAGGGAGACAAUUCUUAAUAGAAUAAACCGAUUGACAAGAAGCGACGAUAGACAUGAACCUGAUGAAAGAGAAAAUCAUGGUGAUGAUAAAUUGGAACGUUUAAUUGAAAAUUUAAAAGAAAUAAAACAACAAAUACCAACUGCAAAAAAUGAGCAGGAAAGAAAAUCAUUACAAGACGAAGCAGACAGGAUCAAAGCCAAGAUCAACAAGAUUCGAGGACGGGAAAAUGAAGGUGACGAAGAUGAAGACGAAAAAGGAAAGACUAGGAAAGAGCGCCUACAAAUUCUUCGUAGGAAACUUGAAGUAAUUGAACAGAAGCUCUCCAAACCACAAAGUAAAUCUGAUGAAAGAAAACUGCUUGAGAAAAGGGAGAUAAUUCUUAAUAGAAUAAACCGAUUGACAAGGAGCAACGAUAGACAUGAACCUGAUGAAAGAGAAGAUCAUGGUGAUGAUAAAAUGGAACGUCUUAUUGAAAAUCUAAAAGAAAUAAAACAACAAAUACCAACUGCAAAAAAUGAGCAGGAAAGAAAAUCAUUACAAGACGAAGCAGACAGGAUCAAAGCCAAGAUCAACAAUAUUCGAGAAUGGGAAAAUGAAGGUGACGAAGAUGAAGACGAUAAAGGAAAGACUAAAAAAGAGCGUCUACAAAUUCUUCGUAGGAAACUUGCAGUAAUUGAAAAGAAGCUUUCCAAACCACAAAGUAAAUCUAAUGAAAGAAAAUUGCUUGAAGAAAGGGAGAUAAUUCUUAAUAGAAUAAACCGAUUGAUGGGGAGCAACGAUAGACAUGAACCUGAUGAAAAAGAAAAUUCUGGUGAUGAUAAAUUGGAACGUUUAAUUGAAAAUUUAAAAGAAAUAAAACAACAAAUACCAACUGCAAAAAAUGAGCAGGAAAGAAAAUCAUUAAAAGACGAAGCAGACAGGAUCAAAGCCAAGAUCAACAAGAUUCGAGAACGGGAAAAUGAAGGUGACGAAGAUGAAGACGACAAAGGAAAGACUAGGAAAGAGCGCCUACAAAUUCUUCGUAAGAAACUUGAAGUAAUUGAAAAGAAGCUUUCCAAACCACAAAGUAAAUCUGAUGAAACAAAACUGCUUGAAAAAAGGGAGAUAAUUCUUAAUAGAAUAAAGCGAUUGACAAGGAGCAAUGAUAGACAUGAACCUGAUGAAAGAGAAAAUCAUGGUGACGAUCAAUUGGAACGUUUAAUUGAAAAUUUAAGAGAAAUAAAACAACAAAUACCAACUGCAAAAAAUGAGCGGGAAAGAAAAUCAUUACAAGACGAAGCAGACAGGAUCAAAGCCAAGAUAAACAAGAUUCGAGAACGGGAAAAUGAAGGUGACCAAGAUGAAGACGAUAAAGGAAAGACAAGAAAUGAGCGCCUACAAAUUCUUCGUAGGAAACUUGAAGUUAUUGAAAAGAAACUUUCCAAACCACACAGUACAUCUGAUGAAAGAAAACUGCUUGAGAAAAAGGAAAUAAUUCUAAAUAGAAUAAACCGAUUGACGAGAAGCAAUGAUAACGAUACAUAUCAGAUAGAUAUCCAUAAAGGAAGAUAUGGACUUGAUGAAAGAAAAGAUUAUGGUGACGAUGAAUUGGAACGUUUAAUUGAAAAUCUAAGAGAAAUAAAACAACAAAUUCCAACUGCAAAAAAUGAGCGGGAAAGAAAAUUGUUGCAAGAUAAAGCGGAUAGCCUAAAGAGCAGGAUCCAAAAGAGGCGUCAACAAUUAAAAAAUGAUGACAAUGACGUGUUAAGAGAUGGCAAAUUAGAUACAGAUAGUAAUGACAAGGAGGUUAAACUUUUAAAAAAGGAAUUAAAAGUGGUACUUGAUAAAAUUUCUGAAACAGGCGAUAAAAAGAAAAAGAAUGAAUUACAGACAUAUGCAGAAACUCUAAAAAACAGACUACGCCGAUUCCAUGGAUUACCUCGGAUUGUCAGAAAUGAUGAUAUUUAUAAAGACAACAUUGAACGUCUAAUAAACAGAUUCAAAGAAUUGAAACAUCGAAUUCCAUUGGCAAAAAAUGACCAGGAAGGUAAAUCGUUACAAGACGAAGCAGACAGGAUCAAAGUCAAGAUCAACAAGAUUCGAGAACGGGAAAAUGAAGGUGACGAAGAUGAAGACGAAAAAGGAAAGACUAUGAAAGACCGUCUACAAAUUCUUCGUAAGAAACUUGAAUUUAUUGAAAAGAAGCUUUCCGAACCACAAAGUAAAUCUGAUGAAAGAAAACUGCUUGAGAAAAAGGAAAUAAUUCUAAAUAGAAUAAACCGAUUGACGAGUAGAAACGAUAAGGAUAAAAAUCAGAGAGAUCUCAAGAAAGGAAAAUAUGGACCUAGCGAAAGAGAAGAUCUUGGCGACGAUCAAAUGGAACGUUUAAUUGAAAAUUUAAGAGAAAUAAAACAACAAAUACCAACUGCAAAAGAUGAGCGGGAAAGAAAGUCAUUACAAGACGAAGCAGACAGGAUCAAAGCCAAGAUCAACAAGAUUCGAGAACGGAAAAAUGAAGGUGGCGAGGAUAAAGACGAAAAAGGAAAGACUAGAAAAGAGCGUCUACAAAUUCUUCGUAGGAAACUUGGACUUAUUGAAAAGAAGCUAUCCGAACCACAAAGAAAAUCUGAUGAAAGAAAACUUCUUAAGAAAAAGGAGAUAAUUUUAAAUAGAAUAAACCGAUUGAUUGGAAGCAAUGAUGACUAUCAAAAUGGGAACAACAUCAACAAGAAAAAGGACAAAGGAAACGAAGAUAGAAGAAAUCAAAAUGAGAGAGAUACCAAUAAAGGAAGCUAUGAAUCUGAUAAAAGAGGUCUUGAUGACGAUAAAUUGGAACGUUUAAUUAAAAAUUUAAGAGAAAUUAAACAACAAUUAUCAAUUGCAAAAUAUGAACAGGAAAGGAAAUCGUUGCAAGAUGAAGCAGAUAACCUUAAGAGCAGGAUCCAAAAGAGGCGUAAGCAAUUAAAAAUUGACGACAAUGACGAGUCACUGCCUGGCCUUGAAAAUGAAAACGAUAUUAUAGAUGACGAAGACGAAAGCGAAAAUGGAAAAACUAUUAAAGAACGUCUAGAAAUUCUUCGUAAGAAGUUGGAAAUUAUCAAAAAUCGACUUUCAAAAGCUAAAAAUAAGUCAGAUGAAAGAGCAUUACUUGAAAAGUUAGAUAUCAUUAAAAACAGAAUUAAACGUUUGACAGGGGGAAACGAUAGUAAUGAAAAUAAGAAAAAUGAGAAAAAUAACAGAAAUGAAGAGAAAACUAACGAUGAUAGCGAUAAAUAUGGAAGAAAAAAGAAAAAUAAGGACAAUAAGUCUGAUUUAGAUGAAAAUAAUAAUGAAACAAAGCUUGAUCGUCUUAUGAAAAGUCUCCAAGAUGUUAAGCAACAAAUUUCAAAAACGAAAAAUAAAAAACAAAAGGAAGAAUUACAAGACGAAGCAAACAGAAUCAAGACCAAGAUCAAUAAAUUACGAGGACAAGAAAAAGAAGAUGAUGACGACGAAAGCGAAAAUGGAAAAACUAUUAAAGAACGUCUAGAAAUCCUUCGUAAGAAGUUGGAAAUUAUCAAAAAUCGACUUUCAAAAGCUAAAAAUAAGUCCAAUGAAAGAGCAUUACUUGAAAAGUUAGAUAUUAUUAAAAACAGAAUUAAACGUUUGACAGGGGGAAACGAUAGUAAUGAAAAUAAGAAAAAUGACAAAAAUAACAGGAAGGAAGAGAAAACUAAUGAUGAUAGUAAUAAUGCUGAAAGAAAAAAGAAAAAUAAGGACAAUGAUUUAGAUGAAAAUAAUGAUGAAACAAUGCUUGAUCGUCUUAUGAAAAGUCUCCAAGAUGUAAAGCAACAAAUAUCAAAAACGAAAAAUAAAGAACAAAAGGAAGAAUUACAAGACAAAGCAAAUAGGAUCAGGGCGAAAAUCAAUAAAAUACGAGGACAAGAAAAUGAGGAUGAUGAAGACGAAAGCGAAAAUGGAAAAACUAUUAAAGAACGUCUAGAAAUUCUUCGUAAGAAAUUGGAAAUUAUCAAAAAUAGACUUUCAAAAGCUAAAAAUAAGUCAGAUGAAAGAGCAUUACUUGAAAAGUUAGAUAUUAUUAAAAACAGAAUUAAACGUUUGACAGGGGGAAACGAUAGUAAUGAAAAUAAGAAAAAUGAGAAAAAUAACAGGAAGGAAGAGAAAACUAAUGAUGAUAGUAAUAAUGCUGAAAGAAAAAAGAAAAAUAAGCAAAAUGAUUUAGAUGAAAAUAAUAAUGAAACAAAGCUUGAUCGUCUUAUAAAAAGUCUCCAAGAUGUAAAGCAACAAAUUUCAAAAACGAAAAAUAAAAAACAAAAGGAAGCAUUACAAGACGAAGCAAACAGAAUCAAGACCAAGAUCAAUAAAUUACGAGGACAAGAAAAUGAAGAUGAUGACGACGAAAGCGAAAAUGGAAAAACUAUUAAAGAACGUCUAGAAAUCCUUCGUAAGAAGUUGGAAAUUAUCAAAAAUCGACUUUCAAAAGCUAAAAAUAAGUCAGAUGAAAGAGCAUUACUUGAAAAGUUAGAUAUUAUUAAAAACAGAAUUAAACGUUUGACAGGGGGAAACGAUAGUAAUGAAAAUAAGAAAAAUGAGAAAAAUAACAGGAAGGAAGAGAAAACUAAUGAUGAUAGUAAUAAUGCUGAAAGAAAAAAGAAAAAUAAGCAAAAUGAUUUAGAUGAAAAUAAUGAUGAAACAAAGCUUGAUCGUCUUAUGAGAAGUCUCCAAGAUGUAAAGCAACAAAUUUCAAAAACGAAAAAUAAAGAACAAAAGGAAGAAUUACAAGACGAAGCAAACAGAAUCAAGGCCAAGAUCAAUAAAAUACGAGGACAAGAAAAUGAAGAUGACGAAGACGAAGGCGAAAAUGGAAAAACUAUUAAAGAACGUCUAGAAAUCCUUCGUAAGAAAUUGGAAAUUAUCAAAAAUAGACUUUCAAAAGCUAAAAAUAAGUCAGAUGAAAGAACAUUACUUGAAAAGUUAGAUAUUAUUAAAAACAGAAUUAAACGUUUGACAGGGGGAAACGAUAGUAAUGAAAAUAAGAAAAAUGAGAAAAAUAACAGGAAGGAAGAGAAAACUAAUGAUGAUAGUAAUAAUGCUGAAAGAAAAAAGAAAAAUAAGGACAAUGAUUUAGAUGAAAAUAAUGAUGAAACAAAACUUGAUCGUCUUAUAAGAAGUCUCCAAGAUGUAAAGCAACAAAUUUCAGAAACAAAAAAUAAAAAACAAAAGGAAGCAUUGCAAGACGAAGCAAACAGAAUCAAGGCCAAGAUCAAUAAAAUACGAAGACAAGAAAAUGACAAUAUCGACGACGAAAGCGAAAAUGGAAAAACAUUUAAAGAACGUCUAGAAAUUCUUCGUAAAAAAUUAGAAAUUAUCAAAAAUAGACUUUCAAAAGCUAAAAAUAAGUCAGAUGAAAGGACAUUACUUGAAAAGUUAGAUAUUAUUAAAAACAGAAUUAAACGUUUGACAGGGGACAACGAUAGUAAUGAAAAUAAGAAAAUUGAGAAAAAUAACAGGAAGGAAGAGAAAAGUAAUGAUGAUAGUCAUAAAGAUAAAAGAAAAAAGAAAAAUAAGAACAGUAAGUCUGGUUUAGAUGAAAAUAAUGAUGAAACAAAACUUGAACAAGAAAAUGAAGAUGACGAAAACGAAAGCGAAAAGGGAAAAUCCAUUAAAGAACGUCUAGAAAUACUUCGUAAGAAGUUGGAAAUUAUCAAAAAUAGACUGUCAAAUACUACAAAUCAGUCGGAUGAAAGUACUUUACUUGAAAAGAAAAAGAUUAUUCAGAACAGAAUUAACAGGUUGACAGGAAGCAACGACAGAACUGUAAAUAAGAAUAGCAAACAUAACAAAAAUGACAAGAAAAGCAAUGACGGCAGUAAUAAAAAUCACGACGAACCUGAAAAUAGCCAACAUGAAUUUGAUUUGCCAGAUAAUAUCAAUGAGAGUAAACUUGAACGUCUUAUCAGAAAGUUACAAAAAGUAAAGCAACUAAUUUCGAAAACAAAAAGUGAACAUGAAAAGAAAUUAUUACAAGAUCAAGCAGAAAAGAUCAAGGCAAAGAUCAAUAAAAUUGGUGAACAAGAAAGUAAUUAUGAUGACAACAAAGGCAAAAAUGAAACUCUUAUGAUAGAACGCCCAGAGAUUCUUCGUAAUGAAAUAAACAAAAAGCUUUCCAAAACUAAAGAUAAGCCAGAUGAAAGAAACUUUCUUGAGAAAAAGGAUAUCAUUAAUAAAAAACUAAGGCAAGAUAAUGAAAAAGAAACUGAUGAUAGUAAUAAAAUCAGUAAAAGUAACCUAAACGAUUUAGAGAAGGUUAAUGAGAAGCAUAGCAAGAUUAAAAACAGAAUAUCAAACACAAAAGAUGAACUUAAAAUGCGAAAGAGAAAAAAAUCAAUUUUAGACAAGAAACUUUCCAGAAAAUCAGAAGGCAAUAGUAAUGGUGUUGGAGAAAUGAACAUUAAUGCCCGUUUACAGAUUUUAAAUAGAUAUUUAGAAAAACUUGAAAAAAUGAUUACCCAAACGUCUGAAAAAGAGAAAAGAAAAAGUUUGAAAGAAGAAAAGCAACUACUAAAUGAACGGAUUUCUUUCUUACGUAAAGAAUUGGAUGAAUCUGACGCGAUUUCAGACACUGAAAGUAUAAAUGAUAGGUUGACGAAGUUAAAAGACAAACUUGAUAUCGUCAGGAGAAGACUUGGAAAGGAAAAUGAUGUGAAAACUAUCAGUACUUUGGAGAGAAAAAUGGAAAUUCUGAACAGACGUAUAGAUGGACUGACCAACGAGCUAAACUAUUGAACGCUUCUAAAACAAACAUAUUCUGACAAACGCUAUGGACUACGGACGAGAAUAUAGUUUCUUCUUACUCGAACGUUCCACGCGUAUUUAUAGCGCAAUCUAAUUAGGCAUUUUUCUUUUUUCUUUACGACAACUCUACAUCAGAAAUACUGAUUUUUCGCUCUUGACUUGUUUUAUUUUCCUUAGCUUAAUAAAUACUUUAGUAGCAUCAA